AAGGUGUUUAUUAAGUUAGAGUUAAUAGGAAGAGAUCUAACUCGAUCUUUCUCUCUUCUACACCGUUGUCUGUACUUGAAAAUCUCGAUCUCUGCACAUCGUCAUCUCCCUUUCUCAGUUUUGUGAUCAUGCACCUUCUUAGACUUCAACAGUAAGAGACAGAUUCCAAUUUGCAUGAACGAUACAUCACUAUCACAACACAUCAUCAUCAUCUUCUUCUUCUACCAUGGCCUUUCCACCUUCUCACAGCUUCACGUUUCACACGCACGAAGAAGAUCACCACCACCUCCCUUCAACCUCUGUCAACGCCUUUCCCUCUUUGCCACCCCAACACUUUCAAGGGGGUGCACCGCCAUUGAUGUUGAAGCGGUCCAUGUCGUUUUCAGGCAUUGAGAACAAGUGCGAUGAGGUGAACGGAGAUGAUGAGUUAUCCGACGAUGGGAACUUUCAGUGUGGGGAGAAGAAAAAGAGGCUGAAUUUGGAACAGGUGAAGGCUCUUGAGAAGAGUUUUGAGUUGGGGAACAAGCUUGAGCCAGAAAGGAAAGUGCAGUUAGCAAAGGCUUUGGGGUUGCAACCAAGACAAAUUGCCAUAUGGUUUCAGAAUAGAAGGGCCAGAUGGAAAACCAAGCAAUUGGAGAAGGAAUACGAAGCACUCAAGAAGCAGUUUGAGGCAGCUAAGGCUGAUAAUGAUGUUCUUAAGAGUCAGAAUCAGAAAUUACAGGCAGAGAUAUCUGUAGUAUGAUUCCAAUAUUAAAAUAUUCGUUCUUGGUAGGAUUCUUCUACUUUUGGAAAGAAAAGCAUGAGUUUGCAUCAUUCCUCUCUUAAAUUUUUCUUCCAAAAAUUUAAAUUCUGUUCCUCACUUCCUCUACACAUGCAUUCUCGUCAUCGACUUUAUAUGUAACUCAAUUUGUUAUAUUUUGAGAGUAGAGUUUUCUUACUACUCAUGUUUUUUUUUGCUUUAUAAGAAAAGGAAAACCUUUCCAUAUUUUGAGUUUUGGUGCGUUUCAUUUACUUCUGAAACUCCAUUCCGUAUUGUAUCACUAUAAUGACACAGCAUUGGCCACUAACUUUUUAAAGUGACUGAUUCCCACAUUAACUAUUUGCUUCUAUAAGUUGGUCAUUAAUUUGGUGAAGAAUCUGCGUCACUGUCAGGCCCCAUACCUGUAACAAGUUGCAACGUGUUUCUUUUAUGCAACGUGUGUUAAUUUUUGCCAUGAUUAACAGACGCAUUGCACAGGAUCCAAGUAAUGUUUUAAGCUUUUAAACACCAGAAUAUAUUAUAUAUGAUACUUGAUCAUC